AUGAGAAAAUGCUACAAAGCUCCCCACACGUUUUCUAGAAUUUAUUAUGCCACCGAAAAAAUAAAUUCAGCUCAAAGAAUCAGGGCGGUAGAGAGUCGUGCACAAGAACCUCAAGACCAGCGUGACGAACGUUUGCGACAGAAUAUUACAAGAACAAGAGCGGCACGAGAACGAAACAUAGCUAUAGCACGAGUACACGAACGACAUAGGCAGCGGAUUAGCCGCUCAUUAAUACGUACAUCAUUUGUUCGUCUUGCUUUUGAAUAUGCGCCAGAUAUUAAGUACUCUGCACAUUCCAAAAUUGCUAUCGGUGGAAUGGAUAAAGUAUGUCAAUAUUGUCAGGCAUUGAAAUUACGGAAUGAAACACCCGGCAUGUGCUGCGCAUCAGGAAAAGUUGUGCUAUCACCUCUUCCCACUCCUCCGGAACCUUUAUUAUCCCUUCUUGGUGGCGAUUCAGAUGAUUCAAAAUUAUUUUUGCGUAAGAUACGCAAAUUUAAUUCUUGCUUCAAAAUGACGUCAUUUGGCGCAACUAAAAUCUGCGAUUUCGCGUCUGAUCGACGUAAUUUUGAAACUACAUUCAAAAUACAAGACCAUGUGUACCAUCAAAUCGGAUCAUUGAUGCCCAUGCCUGAUAAUAAUCCGAAAUUUCUUCAAAUUUAUUUUAUGAGCAAUUGUGAAGAGCGCGUGACGACUCGGUCCCAGUAUAAUUUCAUUGAACAAGCAGAGAAAAGAGCAAUUGUAAUAUUGCUGGAAACCUUUUUAGAAGAUCAGAAUCAACUAAUUCCGUUGAUUAAAAGAGUUUCGCCACGACUGCAAAAUGACAACUAUCAAAUCGUCAUCAAAGCCGACAAAGUACCAUUAGGUGAACACGCUGGUAGAUUCAACGCUCCAACUGUUGAUGAUGUUGCCAUUAUUAUGGUCGGUGAUCCAGUUGACAAAAGAGCUAUAAAAAUUACACGGCGAGACAACACUGUCAGUACCGUUUCGGAUCUACACCGUUCAUAUGACGCACUGCAAUAUCCAUUAAUAUUUUGGCAAGGACAGGAUGAAUACCACCUUAAAAUCAACCAGUGUGAUCCAAAUACAGGUGUUUAUGGAAAUGAAAAAGUUAGUUCAAUGAACUACUACGCACACCGAAUAAUGGUUAGACUAAAUCAGGACAACUAUUUCCUACGAUUUCGUCAGCUAUUUCAUCAAUACAUUGUUGAUAUGUUUGCUAAGGUUGAAAGCGAACGCCUGCGAUGCAUUCGAUACAAACAGGCUAAAUUACGAUCGGAAGAAAAUAUUCACUUACGAGAUACUGUUGCUGGAAACAUCGACGGAAAUUUGAAUCCCAAUGACAUCGGUAAGUCUUUCAUUUUACCUUCAAGCUACAUCGGCAGUCCACGGAAUAUGCAGGAAUACAUACAAGAUGCCAUGACUUACUUUUUGGUAUCACACGUUGAUGGCUAUAUACGGUUGAAUGAUAAAAUCCGUCCAGAAGAAAUUGAACAAAUAAUUUCAGCCGAAAUUCCAGACCCAUUAAUUGAUCAGGAAUUAUUUGGUAUUGUUAGCAAACACAUGAUCCAUGGGCCGUGCGGUGCUUUCAACAUGACGUCAUCAUGCAUGGAAAAUGGAAAAUGUAAGAAAAAAUUCCCAAAGCCGUAUACGAAUGACACCAUUACGAAUAUCGACGGUUAUCCAAUGUAUCACCGCAGAAAUAGUGAGAAUGGUGGCCACACAUUCACAAUGUCACUACCGAAUUAUCCAAAUCAACACAUCAAUGUUGAGCUUUGCAAUUCGGUAAAAUCAAUUAAGUACAUUUGUAAAUAUGUAAACAAAGGCAGUGAUAUGGCCAUAUUUGGUGUACAAAAUAUCAAUAACAAUGACGAAAUAGCACGAUACCAAAUGGGCAGAUACAUUAGCAGUAGCAAAGCUAUUUGGCAUAUUCUUAGCUUUCCCAUACACGAAAGAGAUCCUUCUGUCCAGCAUCUAGCAAUACAUCUUGAAAACGGUCAACGUGUAUACUUCACUGAAGAAAAUGUUUUUCAAAGAGGGCUUGAGGAUCCAAAAACAACUCUAACCGAAUUUUUUACAUUGUGUCAAAAAUCUGAUAUUUUUGGCCAAUUCGCAAAGACAUUGAUAUAUGCUGAUGUUCCACGUUAUAUUACAUGGAACAAAUCUAGGAAAAAAUGGGAGCCACGAAAACAGGGAAAACCACAUCCUUCCAUUACAGGUAUAUUCAAAGCUAAGACAUUGGGGCGACUUUACACGGUACAUCCAAAGCAAUGUGAGUGCUUCCAUUUACGUUUGUUAUUGGUGAAUGUUCCCGGACCAACGUCUUUUAAAUUUCUGCGAACAGUUAAUGGUCGAGUAUUCAAUACAUUUCAAGAUGCAUGUCGUGAACUGCAAUUGCUAGAAGACGAUAACCAUUGGGACUUAACGCUUGCUGAUGCUGUGUUGACAUCAACACCCAAUAACAUUCGUCAGCUGUUUGCCAUUAUUUUGACGACAUGUUAUCCAUCACAAGCACAAACUUUGUGGGAAAAAUAUAAAAAUUGGAUGACAGAAGACAUAUUGCACCGAAAUAGACAGAUCAAUGCCAAAAUAUAG